CCUGCCGCUUAUAUCGAUAUACACAUUUGCUUGAAACACGUGCGAGCGGAAUAAAUAGUUGUUUUUUGACCCAAGGCGCUUAAGAAAUGCAAGACGGCAGAGAAAGACGUUCCAGCGGCAAUUGGCAGAAUAAUUCCGGCUCCCAAAGCUACCAUUACUUAAAUAAUAGUGGCGAGCAGUUAAACAGAAGCUGGUCGGAUGCGAAUCGAGGCAAUAAUCAACGCGGUCAGCAGCAGCACCAACAGGGACCCAACUUUGGUCAAGCGAAUCACGAUUUUCCCAAAUUUCGGGAUCCCAGCCAGCAGAAACAACAGAACAAUCGAUUUACACAAAACCAGCAGCCGGAUCGAGGUGGCGGUGGCGGCGGUAAUAACAACAAUGAUGAACGCAAGCAUCGUCGGGGUGGCAAUCAAAAACGUGGUGGCCGCAAUGGAGGGGCUGGUGAUAACGGCGGUAAUGGCGGCGGUGGCCGAAAUGGUGGUCGCCGACGUAACGGCGGUGGUCGCGGUGGCGGUGGCCGUAAUAAUCGAUCUGGCGGCGGUGGUCGCAACGAUGGCGAUCGACGCAGUGGUGGCACUGCAAACGGACCUUGGUAUGAUGAGCCAAUGGAAAGUGACAUUUUUUAUUUUACAAAUGGCCAUUUAAAUAAAAUGGACCAAAUGGAGGCACUGCCAUCAAUAUCCCCGGCACCUGCAGAAGCGGCACAUGUGCCAACUGCAGAAGCAGCUGCAGCACCAAGUGUUGAAGCUCCCAGUGAAUCGACGCCAGUCAAGCCAGCAAUACCACCCGCCGUCCUAAUUAAUGCGGCCAAUAUCAAGAAGGAGAAGAAAGAUUCAUUACCCAAGGCAGCGGUCGCAAAGCCAGCGGAAAGCAGCGAAGAGAGUUCAUCGAGCAGCUCGGAUGAAAGCACUGAAGAUGGGGAAAUUGUCACCAAACAGAAGGCAGCUGCAACUGUUUCAACGGCUAAGAGCAAGCCUGCUUCAUCAUCCUCUUCCUCCGAAACCGAUUCAUCCGAGGAGGACACGCCGCCGCCGGUUAAAACUAAAACUGUUGCCAAGGAAGCGACAAAGACGAGUAAAAAAUUGAAAAAAGUUCUAUCGGAAGAAGACGUUGUCUGCAUUGGCAAUCAGUCCAAUAAAUUCACAAUAUCAGAUGAGGAUAACGGCGAGGAGGAGGCGGAGGACUCAGAAGCAAAAAGCGAUGCAGAAAGCAAGAAGGAUCCUGUAAGCAGAAAGGGCGGCUUGAUGUGCUUGCUCUGCGACAAAAAAGGACACAGCUCGUUUGAGUGUCAAAUGAUUUGCAGGAAUUGCUCGGGACCGUAUCAUAGUCUAAAGAAUUGCCCACAUCCGCCUAACCUCAACAUUGCUGUGCAGGCAUUUAUGGAAUUUACAAUGCAGCAAAUGGCCGCCUUUAACAUGGACAAACGUUUUGCGUUUCCAGCUGGCGUUGUGGCUGCCGCAGCACCAGCCGUUGUGCCACCUGUGGCGGCUCCUACUCCAGUUAAGUCCAAGAAGGAAAAGGAGAAACGUGCUACAGUGGCUGCUGCUGCUAAAAAAUUAAAGAAAACUCCAAAAAAGAAAAUUAAAAUGGAGGCUAAAGAAAGCGAUGAUGAUGAUGAUGACGACGAUGCAGAUGAUGCUUCAGAAGAUGCAAGCAGCGAUAACGCCACAAGCAGUGAUUCCAGCAGUGAGCCACAGCAGCCGGCAGUAAAGGCGAAACGUAAGCGCAGCACAACGAAAGCAGUACCCACUAUAAAUCCAGCAGCGGCAGCCGCAGCCGCGGCAGCUUUUCCAUUUCCCUUGCUGGCAGCUGGUGCACCAUACAACUCCAUGAUGUAUCCAUAUGCAGCGCCGUUCAAUUUCCCUAAAUAGAUUUACGAAUAAUAUUUUUGUUUGUAUAUAAACAAAACAAUUUCUAAUAUAAAACUAAGUGACGACUGCACUUGCAAUUCAUUAAAAUCUGUAGAGAUUUCUACAAACAUUUUAUUUUGUAUAUCUUUUCAUACAUAAAUAUGUUGUUUUGUUUGUAUUUAAGAAAUAAGU